UGAUUAAACACCACAGAAUGGAGAAGCUAAAAAUGUUCACAGCAAUUUGUGUGUUGUUGGUUCUGGUGAGUCAUGUGCCUACUCAGUGUGCUCGGCCAGAAGAUGGCUUUACCAAUCCUAAAAACAGCAGAAGAAUUCAGAAGCGCUAUAGUGACGAAGAUUAUAUAUCUGCCUAUCAGAAUAUUAGAAAAGGUAUCCCCAACGAUGUGUUGCUUAGGAAUGGUGGAAAAGGUAUCCCCAACGAUGUGCUGCUUAGGAAUGGUGGAAAAGGUAUCCCCAAAGAUGUGCUGCUUAGGAAUGGUGGAAAUGGUAUCCUGAAAUUGGACUCUUUUCUAGAUCUGCUCCUUGCAGUCAUAGCCUGGGCGAUCUCGAAUAAAUACGAAUUUUGAGUACGUUCUCACUGGAGCACAGACUUGUGCAUGAGCACAAAAGUUGAGUUUGAGCAGGAGAAUGGUCUUACAACUGGGAAUCUAAUAACAAACCGUUUUAAAUUUUUGAGAGGCAGAAUAUUACUAUUAUAUUAUUACGUAUGUUUUUAAAGUGAAAUUUGUAGUUAUUAAAAUUUGGUCGAUAUCUUUUAAUUUUUUAUAA